GGGGCCACACCACAGGUAAUGCAGCCUCGAAACGAGCAGCUACGCAAAACGCGCAGCAAAACCCACCUAGCAACAAUGCGCACAGGUGCCAGCGCCUUUGCGGACGCGGCGCCGUGUAGUUUCUUUUUGCAGGUUGGUUUAAACUUGAAAGGGAAAUAUUAGUUUUGUGCUGCUAAACGGACAGAUUUGCGCAAACGAACCGACACAAAGGUACUCGUUCGAUGUCAUCGGGUAUGCAGCGCAGUCCGUGUUGGGUGUUUGCACAAGCCGUCUACGAGCGCUCGAAAAAAACACUACUGCAGCGCGUGGAAUGCAAGAAAUCUGCCGUAGUCUGUGCCUGAACGGCACCACAAAAGACACGCACUGAGAAAGAAUGUUCAAGUUGGAAUCCUAUGUGACACCAUUGAUACUCUCUUACGUCAACAAGUAUGUCAAGAACAUUCGUCCUGAAGACUCGCAGUUAUCCUUAUGGGGCGGAGACGCAGUGUUCAACAACUUGGAUCUCCGUCUUGAUGUUUUGGAGCAAGAGCUCAACAUUCCAUUUAGCCUGGUCAACGGACACAUACAUGAGCUCCGGAUUCAUGUUCCGUGGACUAAGCUGACAUCUGAGCCAGUUGUUAUCACUGUAAACACUAUUGAAUGUGUGUUACGUCUUCGAGAUGGCCCUACAAGCUCUGCAGCAUCUUCCUCGACGUCAUCCUCUUCCAAGCCGCGUCGAGUCAGCCGCCAGUUGUCAAGCCCGGAUGGCAGCCCACCCAUGUCAAGUCCACCACCUCCUGGCGGCUAUUUGGGUAGCCUGCUGCGUCGCAUUCUGCACAAUGUUACCGUUGUCCUGAACAAUGUCAUUCUCAAAUAUGCUGAAGACGAUCUAGUGCUGUCAUUAAACAUUAAGGCUGUCGAGCUGACAUCAGCCGACUCAGAAUGGAAACCAGCAUUCAUUGAAUUGACACCUGAAACCCCAGCUCUACGCAAGCUGCUGUGGAUGCAUGAUGUUACUGUCUGCUUGGACAAGAGAGAUUCUAGUGGGAAAAUUGAAGCUUACCAAGAUCCACUGCUGUACCAUUGCUUCCUCGAGGGGAGGAUUCACCUUGGUUAUGAUUCAAGCACUGUCGUUGGUAGCCCACCCAGUGUCACUCGUUGCCACUUCUAUUGUCAGCAACUGGACUUUUCAUUGACGGACCAACAGCUUCCUCUUUUCUUGAGGUUACUCGAGCUGUGCCUCGCCCUCUACUACGGACAGCUCUCUCAUGCCCCAGCGGCCACAGAGACGGUGGGUCUCUGUGGUGAGAACGUUUCUUCAGCCGUCGCCGACACUGCCGAAGAAGAAUCUACGAGCCAAGGAUGGGGAUCGUGGGCCUGGUCAAUGGUACCCCAGAUCCUUCCAGCCUGGGAAGAAGGUGAUGAAGAGCAAGGCGAUGGGACAUCUGACCCAACAGCAGGAAGCGGCCUCGACCCUGGUUUGAUGCCCUAUGAAUCAACUCUCUGCCACUUCGGCUGUUAUGUUGAAAAGCUAACCUGUAUAUUCAAAACAACAAAUCGCAUCUCUACGAGCCGGCACAGUGCGUCUCGUUCGACAUGGCGUCCUUUGUUGUCUCUGCAACUCCAUGGUGUCACGACAGAGAUGACAGUGCGAGGAAUGACAUGGCUUCACUUCCAGCUUGGUGUAGUCGGAGCAACAGUUUCUCCUCUGGAGUAUUGUGCUUGUGGCUUCGACGAAGGGGCAAGGAUUGAACCGACAUAUCUUCGAGCAGGCGUAGCCAGUGGCACACAUGUCUACAACUACCUCAGCUCAUCUCUGUUCGACCCCAUGGCACCAGAAAACAGGGGUUUGGUUAGGGAACCUGAACCCCAGUUAGACGUGCACGCUGAGCAGCUGACAGAGCUUGCUAUGGCAGAACGAUUUCCCGCUUUCUGCCUUGAUUACCUCUAUGAACUACAGUUUCCAGAAGACUGGUGUGAUUCUGAGUGUGAAGUAGACACAUCCUACCUCGAAAACUCAAACUGGAAGGAGCAGGCCCUCUGUCGCUCUGUCAUUGGCCCCUUCACUGUAGACAUCACGGCAGGAUUUGUGCACAGGUUCCAGCACCUGUUUGAAACAUCAAGCUUGCCUGAAAACCGCCCAUCGUACAUGAUUGAUGAGCCACAGCCUUUGCCAUUUCCACAACCUUAUCCAGACGAGGAACAUCUGGAAAGUAUGGCAAACUUUGUCCCAACACGAACUUAUCGGCUAACGCUGCUGAAACCGACGUUAAAUUUGUGGCCUUCGAUGCACUCGUCCGCAGAUGCGACUUAUCAGAGCUCCAUUCGAUCAACGAAGAAGAGAAGAUCAUUCGAUUGCUCUUGGGACGAGGAACCUUCACGUGUUCCUGUUCUCUCUGCUUACUUGGAGUGCCUGGACAUCUCGCUCACACGUCCCAUGUACCCCGCUAAGAUGUCUAUCAUCUCGUCUGUUGCGGACAACCCGUAUGAGUUGCCAGAUUUGGUUAAGCACCAUAGCUUCUGCCACCUCACUAUCAAGGUAUUUGGCUUUGGAGCAGAUUUGAUAUCGAUGCCACGUGUGCAGCCUCUCGUGCCACAGCAACCUGGCUGCCGCACAAUCCUGUUAAGUCCUACAGAUGCAACUUUGCGUCGUGCCUGGGCGACCUGCCCAUGCUUUCUGGAGCAUCAUCCAAGGCGAAUCAGAAUGAGGACUGAUGCAGACCUUGGGUUCCUACACAUUAAAGGCAGCAGGCAAACUGUGAUGGCAGCUUUAAGUAUAGCACUUUCCUGGUCUGAUGGACCGCACAUCAAGAUUGCUGCGCUUCCCCUAGUUGGAAAUGUUCCAAACGAAGCAAACAGCUCCCUUGAAGCUAUAGUGAGCGGACUCAAGUGGUCACAUACAGAGGACGGAGUUCUGGCAGCGCAUACUGUCAAGGUUGGUUCAUUGGCACUCAAGCUGCAUGACAGAGGACUCAGCUCGUACCUCAUACAUGCCCCUGAAGAUACGAGUGAAGUUGUUCAUUUUUCUAAAAUUGAGUCUCUGACUGUGAACAACACUUGUGAAGAAUCAUGGUUGGAAGCAACAUUGCAGGUUUCUCGACAUUGGAAUUUGCCAAAUUCGAGACCAAAUUUUAUUCAGCUGAGGGUGCGUGGUUUGGCCCUCAACUUUGACCCAACACUAGAGGUCUGGUUGUCUGACCUUCCAAAAGUCACUCCUGCCUACAUGAAACUCCCGAGUGAUUAUUUCUCAUCCAUGAAGAAUGAGAGUGGAACACAUUCCUUAUCGGAUGAACUGUCUGGCAGUUCUUUGAGUGGAAGCCAGAAGACUCGGCAACUUUCUGAGAGCCGUGCUACCUCACCACUGCCCCAGUCACUUUUCUCACCCAUGGUUAAGAAAUUUUCAACGUGUCCUGGUUCGGAACCUGAGCCAGUACCCCCCUGGACAAAUAACUUCAGGUCAUUGUUGUUUGGCACGUAUCAUCAUCUGCGCACCUUCUCUGUGCAGGUGUAUGUUGGUGGCAUCAGCUUACUCUUUCCAAAAACACCACGUCUCCUGGAAGUCCAAGAAACAGAUGACGACUGCAAUGCCUCCAUUUUACGGUGUUGGAAAGAGUUAGCACAGUUAUCGCUCAACUGUCAAGUGUCAUGUGCCCUUCUCCCAGCAGUGACUAUUAUGUCCUCUGGCUCUAAGGCAAUGUGGAGCAUCAACCCCUCUUCAUUACCAUUGGCUGAACUCCCAGACAGUUCUGCUGGAGAGAAGUUUCCCUGGUCAGUGCAGCUGUCUUCAGUGGCAGCAUUUGAAACUAAGGGACCACAUGUCUUGUAUGCCCUGAAGCCAUCUUCUCUCUCCUGCACGGUCGCCCUAUCCCUGGGGGAAACCUCCGAGGGAGCCAGCCAAGGGUGUACAGGACCGCAACUGCGGCUUUGUGUACAUCUAGACGUAGAUCCCUUCCACCUUAGCUUUUCGAAGAAACAGGUUGACAACGUUGGCAAUGUAGUCCGCCACUUCUUUGCACUUCAUCACAGGCUGCUGGAAGCUAUGGCCUGGUUUAAUCGCAACCCACCCAAACAGCAGAUUGCACCCACAGCCAACAUUUCAUCUGAAAAGGUGAAGCGUGUAAGCAGGACCUUGAGCCAGACAGAGUCGGAAGAGCCUAAUGCAUCUUCUUCAGUGUCACCUCCUCCAUCAGCAGAAUGUUCCAAUGUAGCUCUCUCACUGUGGAUGCAGUGGACCUUGCCAAAAUUUGGAUUGAAUCUGUUUGGGAAGGAGAAAUGUCUCACUUCUCAGGAUAUCUGGGUUCAGCUGGAAGUGGAAGAAGUGACAGCCUCACUUGACAUUCAGGAGAUCUACUCCAAGGCAAAGCUCAAACUGGCUUCAUUCAACAUCAGCUGCUUCGAGAAAAGCGCUUCCGAGUCAUCCUCCUCGUGGGUACCUGGGCCAUAUGAAGGAGUUGUUCUAAGCUCAUCUGACAAGCUGACAUGCCACACUCUGGUGCUGGGAGCCUCUCGCACGGCCAACAAGGUCGCAGUAGCCUCUCCGGGAAAUAAAGGGAAGGUGACAGAGUUCCUCAACUUCACCUGGACACGAGCCUUGCAGGCACAUGUCAGGAGAAACAUCCACAAGUCUCGCAAGGACUUCACUCCCCUUAGCGAAGCAGAGCGAAGAACUCAUUUGUCAUCAUCAGUUGCCUCUGCAUCCUAUCUGAGUGAAGUGGAUCUGCAAAUGUCCCCCCUCGACAUUGUUGCUCGUGCUUCGAUCAUCAGCCUAUUGUUGGAUAUUUCUCGACCUGUGAGCGAAGUCUGUCAACUCCUCUCUCCGAUUUUUUCCCCCGACAAAGAAGUUGAUCAUUCAUCAGCUCAGCCAGUGGGAUGGAACAUCAACAGUGGCUCUCUUCCAUUGUGCUACUUGAGGACUGGGACAAUUCGUGUCUUCUUGCCUCAGUCGAAGGCUGACUUGGUGGAUAGCUCAUGGCAGGGACUGGACACCUGCUUAGUGCGCAUAGGGUCUGUGUUGCUGAGUCCACAAGUGGAAAAUCCGCUCUCACGAAGGAUCUUGCGAGAAGACCUCUUUUCAUGGGCUCAGGAGCACCGCCUCCUGGCUACACUGGGCUCCAACGUUGAAGACCGCCAGUACCAGCUGGACCUCUCUGAUUUUUCAGUUUGUGCACUGACUUGGAGUGACAUGCUAAUGGAGGCACAGGCAGCUGCUGCAACUGGUCAUCCAUGCACAGUUUUAAUGGGAGAAAACCCAGCUUUUGAGUGGAAUCGUCAGCCAUCAGGGGUGGUAACAGGGGCAUCUCAGAGACCAGUCCCACUUACUCCAAUUUCUUCGUCAUGCGAUUUGCGAGCCAUACUUGCUCCUGCCAUCAUUGCCCCGGAUGGUGAUUCGGCCAAGAAAGCACUUGUGUGUGCCCACUCGAUAGAAGCCAGCAUUGCUUGCGACCUCCACUGCUAUCUAAGCCUCGAGCAGCUGUACCUCCUCUUCCGCGUCACAUCGGAGCUAACCUUAGCUCUCAAAGACCCUCAGCUCACAUCUCUGCAUUCUUCUCACAAUGACCAUCCCUCCACAUCUAGUGUGCUCGAUAUGCGUGACAGUGGGUUGGACAGUGACCUCUCAUUAUCUGCUGCUGUGUCAUCUUCCCUUGGGCACCACAAGCUUCCAGUUGAGCCUAUUCAACAUGGAUUGGUUCCACAGUCACCAAAUGUGUGCUUUGCUCCAUUUGAUGUUCUGCUCACUGCAAGAAUGGUGUCAUUGACACUUGGUUCGGUGGAGAAGGCGCUGAGUGAACCUGAGUCUUCCGAUUUGACUUCUAAGGUGCGAGACCAUUCAUCAUCAGUGCCUAGUGACGAUGACGACGAUGACUUGGGGUACGAUGCCUCGCUAGAUUCUGAUACCAGGACUGAAGCAGCUCAGACAAACCAGGCACAAUCCAGCACAUACAGACGCCCAAAGUUGGUUCCACUGGCAAGGAUGGUUCUCUCUCAUCCCCAUGCAUUCCUCUCAUGUUCACCUCAAGAGCAGAAAGUUGAAGUUUCGUGCUUUGACCUUCAAGUCAGUGGGUCACCUCCAGGAGCGGUAGUGCAAGGUUCAUGUUUAGCAUCCAUUGAGAGUGGGGCAAUCUUCUCUCUCCCAUGGUUGGAAACUCGUCCAGGGGAACCUGAUCUAAAAACUGGAAUUCCUCCAUCUUUCUUCACGGUGUCCAUACAAGACUUCUUGGCUGAUUUAGUGCACGCAACUGUGAAAGUGGAACGCCCUUUCAAAGUCAACUUGAGCAAAGAAGUGUUGAAGCAGGCAAUGACAUUUGUGCACCAAGUGUUCCAACAAGUUCUGCCACAACUUGAGCACUUCAUUGCUGCUCAUCCGAACAGCACUACAAAAAUGAAAUCUGCACCAGACAGUUGGAGGCUGGUAACAACUGUGGAAACAGUGCAAGCCGUAUUGGCAUUGGACGUCCCUUUUGUGGAAGGUGACCUUGCCAAGCUUGUGCUUACUUCUGACGGACAUAGCACGAAAAUCUGCAUGGGAUAUGCUCAUCUAAGUACACUUGACACCUUGAGAGUUGAAACGAUGUUGAAGGCACUGCAACUCUAUGCGUCCAUCAAAAUGGAACGCUGCGAUUUGUUGGGACCAACAACUGUGACCCUAAUCAAGGAUACCUUCUGGGACCUCAGAGAUUCUACAACUGUUCCUCAUUGCAUGCUUCGCCUGCACUUUGAUGCGCUUCCAUUAAGCAUUGGACCUCUGCAGCUGCAAUGUUGUCAGACUGCAGUGGAACAUGUGCUUCAAAUUGCAGAUAUGCUCAGUGAGCUCGUGGAGAAUUUCCCUCCAGGAGUAGUUGUGCACAGUACCUCUGACAAGCAAACCACAAGCAUGAGAACUUCUCCUGCAGAGUGCACAGGCGUAACUUGGCAUGAUGACUUGCGAAAAGGAAGCUUCCAGUACAUCCAAGAUUAUGGAUUCCCAAAUCCAAAUGAGAUUGUGUUCUGCCGGCCAUCAGAAGGAAACCCUGGAAUGAUGACUUGGCGAUACCUAGAGCCCAGAGUCUUAACGCGUGUAGAUGUUUACCCUGUUCCAUUCUCUACAUCACAAGGAGAUGACAUCUCAGCUGCAGGAGAACCACCACGGCAGCUGGAGUGUGAUCUGCAGUUCUGGGACCCUUGCCAGGAGCGCUUCAUAACGUACCAGCGUUUUGCACUCUCUGAGUGCACACCCCACUCACUCCAGCUUCCUCAAGCAUCACGUGGAUCUGAACACCUCCUGGUCGUCUCUGACACCUGGCGGGUCGUAUUGUUGCCUUCUCAGACAUCACAGGGCAAUGCCCAUUGUGAUCCUCUUGUGACUGUUUCUCCUCUUGCAUUGGCAGCUUGCAUGAGGGUUGAUUCACAUUUUGACCCAUGCCUUGUUCCCUUGCUGAGGGCAAAUGUCACGGUGGAAUUUUGCAAAGUGAUGUUUAAUGUGCCUGCCAUGCCACCAGUUGCCCAACCUGCAUUCCGUCCAUUUGUUUUGGACAAACCACCCUACAAAUGCCUAGGAGUCAUGAGUGUCACUCUUGAGAAGCUUUCACUUUCCCAUACCGGGUGGCAUUACAAAAUGAACAUGGAGGCCUGCGCAUCAGUUUCGAGCGAGGUCACAGAGCUCUUGUACCUGACCAGCGUGCCUUUUCUCUGCCCAGUUGAUGUUCAGGCAACAGUGGACAUGUGUUAUCAGUUGAGUCAGGAGCAGCAUGCUGAGGUCAGUGUCGUCGUUGACCGCUGCUUUCUGAAGUUGAGCCAGUCUAUUGCUCAUUCCGUGUCUACGGCCACAGCACUCUGGAAAAAGGAUGCCAACUGCGCUGUGCCUGCUUACAUCGUGAUAUGCAAUGACAUCCAAGAGGAUAUUCGAUUUGGUCAGGUGGAAAGAGAUGAGAGCAUCACUGUACAGCCUGGCCACGCGUACGCUUACACAUGGAGGUCUCACAAGCGACCACGUCUUCUUCGAUUCUCUAUGGAAAGCCAGGCAUGGAAGUGGAGCACUCCAUUUUCCCCCCAUGGACGAAGGCAUAACGACGAGCACGUAAUUCAGAUAAGCAGACGUCUGAGCACAGUCGGGCUUUGCAUCAGGAUAAAACGGAACCAGGGAGUUGAAACACAGGUGAUUGUAUCUGGUCAGCUGGUGCUCCGCAGCCACCUCAUUGAUAGGCUGCGUAUUCGAUUUCAAGUCGCUGAAGAAGAACUGCAUCAGCCUGGAAGUGUAUCAAGUUCGAGUCCACAUCAGAAAACAUAUGUAGGAGUUGUACCCACCAGUCACAACUGUUCUAUGGGAACGAGCCUUCUCGUGAAUCCGUCAAGUGUUCAUCAAAUCAGCAUUCAAAGGGAAACGAACCAAGGCUGGUCAGCAAAGAUCGACGUGCAGAAAUUUGACAAAUCCUGUGAUUGGGCAGAGAUAGUGGAGAUCCCUGAUAUGUCCAUAAUAGGAGGUGUCCUGAGAGCUUGGUGCUACACAUUUAAGAAGACAGAUGAAUGUGGUGGCAGCUCCUUGGUGCUAGCAUUUGCACCACUGUACAUCCUGCGUAGCCACCUUCCAUAUAGUCUGUUGGUGCACCUGAACAAGCAUGGUGCUGGCGACGAUGGUAGAGAAACCUUGCAAGUGCAGGGCCGAGGUCAAGACCACUUCCUUUCUGCAUCAUCACCGUCUACUACUGCCAUUACAUUCCAGCUUGGUCCUGACUACAGAUAUACUAAGGUCUCUGAUAUGAAGGUGUCAUCUCCUCCAGUACACCUGGAUCCUCCAUCGCUACCAGUGCCUUUUGCAGCCCCUGCAGAGAUCGUCAGCAUGUUGUGGGACCCAUCAUGGCCCAUCACAUCACAUCCUGACCCUUUAAAGUGGCCAUACCAUAACACUGAGGUGAACGAGGAAGUCAACGGCCUUUGGGAGAGCGGAUUGCUCGUGACACACUGCACCGAAAAAACAAGCCUGCAGGGCCCAUCAGAAGUGCCAGAAACAGAGCUAAAAGUUGUUCAGUUUCGUGACCCGCGGUCUCCUUUCCUCGGUACAGUUGUGGUGGAUGUGAAACCAUGGGCUUUCCUGGUAAAUGAAUGUGGCUGUAGUCUGCACCUUCUCACUGAGAACCAGGGAAGCUGGGUUCUGCUGGAUGGGCAAGUGUUUACGCCGCCAGUGUUACAUGGCCCGUUUCACCUUGCUGUGGAAGAGUUUGGAACACUGUGGAAGUUCGAGUCGCCCCUGAGAAUUAGUGCAGAACUACUUCGUAAAAUCGUAAAACUGGACAGACCUCCCAAGGCCACUAUAGGAGUAAGUGAACUGGCUGUCGGGGAGCCGACAAGUAUCAACAUUGCUGUUGGGGAGGGAGAUACCAAGAAAGCUUGUCGGCUAGUUGUUGACACCAACGACAUGGACGGGUGCCUUAUAAUCACUAUUCGUUCUGCUGUGUACAUCGUCAGUCAUAUCCAGAUGCCGCUCAACGUUGGAACCUUUGCUGUCCCGGGUGACACUCCAUACAUGGAACAGUGGACAGGAAGAAGUCCCAUUCUGUCAAAAGUGUCAUUACCAUCAAUGUGUAAUGAAAAAGAUAAACAUUCCAUUGCUCUCCUGAAGUGGGAGCUCAUGAAUGUGGACCAAGGCUUCUUUGACACCACUACCAAAUAUGAGACAUGGAAGUUAUUUCUGACAAUAAGCCAAGAGAAUGCUGAAGAAAGCCUCUGGAGCUUGCCCAUCAUGCUGGCAGCUGUGUCGUCAUUUGAUGAACGCCACACCACAGCGGUGCCCACAAGAUGUAAUGCUCCAUACACUACAAUUCCGCUUGUGCUGACAACUCACAAAAGAUCUGGUGUCUUGUACAUCAUUGUGCAUCAUGACAACAACCCAUUAUUAAGGAUCUCCAAUGCAACAAAUGUCAACUUGCAGUUUGCCGAAGCAUCAGACGAAGAUGGUAGCACCUUGCAGCCAUUUUUGUCUUCACUACCAUCUGGAUGUUGCACCUAUUUUACACCACCUCGCCUCAAUCGACGCUGCAGUCAGGGUCUGGGCCAGGACACCCAAUGUCCAACCCUUUAUUUUGCACACUUGGAAGAAUCAUCUUCCACAGAAGGUGACAAUCACUUCUGGAGCUCUCCCAUCACAUGUGCUUCUGACGCUGUCAACCAGUUUGUUCGCAUUCCCAACUUGGGAGAUGUAAGGGUGUCGGCACGCAAGGUUGGCCACACGACAGACCUUCUCGUGGAAUCUGUAAGCAGGGCUGAAAUUUCUGCCAAAGAGAUUAGAAGUCGCAUUGGAGCUUCAAGUGCUGUGAAGUUGGGGAAAUUGAGUGAUCACUCUGCAAGCAAAAUGAUUGUUACGAAGCAAACACCAGAAGUUCUUCCACGGAAUCUCCAAAGAAAUGCAGAAGACACUGAUGCGGGCACCAUUCUAAGAUUCCUGGAAAAUUGUGAGAAGACUGAAAUGCCGUCAUGGGCUCAUAUCCUCGACUUUGCUUCUUUGAAGUUCCAUCACGCAUGUAUCGUACUGUCUGAUGAUGACAUGGAGUCUGACAACUUAGUUGGACCCGUGGAAAUUCUUCGCCUUAUUGUCGACGACAUGUCUUGGGUUCUUCGACACUCUUCGACACACUCAGACAUACCCCACUUUGGUGUCAAGUAUGAGCUCUUCGUCUUUGUCGGGAACUUUCAAUUGGACAACCAGCUAGCAGGGAACGCGGAGCAAGGUGUAUUUGACUUUCCAGUUGUUGUUACUCCACAGGAAGCUGCAGCAAGCAUGCAUGCGCCGUGCCAACAUGACUCAGCAGCCGUGUUUUUUACAAUGAUGUUGGAUGUCCUUCCACAUAAUAAUAUUUCUCCGCAAUCCAUGCUGCUGAAACUUCAGCCAUUGGAUGUAUUCCUCGAAGAUGGAUUGCUCUACCGUGCAAUGGAAAUGUGGACAUUCUUUCGCUUAACUUCACCAGCACCCCGUCAACAAGUGUUGUGCGGUCAUCGCUUGCCAAGCGAAGUGUUUGUAGCAUCAGUGACUUUGGUGCAAACUGUGCAUGUGCGAGAAGUGACAAUAGAGUCAGUAGCAUUAAGGUUGAGUGUCCAUGCCUCACUGAAGCUGUUUCUGUCCUUAAAUGGAACGCCAUUGAGCUUCGCAAAAUUUAGCAAGACUUGCUUGAUCGUCACGUGGUACCAGCUCGGGCAACUACUGACGCGCCAUUAUGUUACCGGUGCACUGUUCCGGGCAGGGUGGGUGGUUGGGUCUCUGGACCUACUUGGAAAUCCAGCGGGUCUUCUGCAAGCUAUAAGUUCUGGGGUUUCAGCGCUGGUAGUGCUCCCUUUUCGUGGCCUAGCCCAAGGCCGACCAAUGGCAUUUUUGCUUGGUGUGACCCAUGGUACUACAGCCAUGCUUAGGCACAUCUCUUCUGGAGCCCUCAGUUCAGUGACACACUUGGCUACCUCGGUGUCUCGGAACUUGGACAGGAUGACCCUAGACUCUGAUCACUUGGCUUGGAAGGAGGCCCUGCGCUCAAGCUCUUCCCAAGGAUUUGCUCAGGGCCUUACAACUCUGGGACUAAGCUUGCUAGGUGCCAUAGCAGGAAUAGUUGAUCAUCCUAUGAGAGCCCUCAUCAGCGAGGAUGAGAGAAGCCCAACAGGAUUUGUGAAAGGUGUAGGCAAGGGACUAAUUGGUGUAGUAGCAAAGCCCAUUGGAGGUGCUGCAGAGCUCGUUGCCCAAACCGGCAAAGGCAUUUUACGUGGUGCUGGAUGGGGUAUCUGCGCGCACCAACGCUACACAGCUGAAACCCAUGCCUACAAAGACAGGAGUAACAGUGAUGCCAAGCUACGCGCAAGACUAGGAAGCAGCCAACUGCUGCUCGCUGUCCAAGCCAGACACAUUUUUGAUGGCGAGAGGAGUCAAAUUGUGAUCCUUGUCCUGACAACAGAGUGUCUUUCCAUCUUCAGUGAAGAAGAAGACUCGUUAGAACGAUCAUUUUCUGUGGCAGAAGUAACAUGUGUUGUGUCAGCUACAGACCCUUCUGUCCUCAUUUUGGGCUUAGAGUCUCAGUCUGAAACAUUAGAGGAAGAGCCUGCUACCCGAGCUCGAGUCCGUGUUGCCGAGUAUGUAACCAAGGCAUCCCAGUUUGCCUCCUACAAUGCGCACGAGCAUAGCUCCACUGUGAGCUCCGAGUCUUUCCUGGGAGUGACAUAUCGCUUCAGCAUCGAUCCAAAGCUGAGAACCCUGUUCCUUGCUCGGCUCAAUGAAGCAAAACGAGUGGCACUUGGGAAAGGCUUUGGGUUCCUCUAGAGAACGUCAUGCCCACACAGUUACUACACAUUCGUGGUGAGCAUUGUCCUUCUCCGGGAAUGAAGCAUUGGUGAUGGAACACUCUUACUCCAGGAAUCUCUGGUGCUAGAGCUAGUCAUGAAGCAUGCUGUCAGCAUGUUCCUGCAUUUUGUACAUUGUAAUCGAGGCUGAUAUACUGUAAACAUGAUAUUAGUAUUGGGCAUGAUAAUGAAUAUAAUAUUUUUAUUACAAUAAAUAUUUUUAAUGCAACUUU